CAUAGCAACCGUUUAGGAAACACUGGCAGUAGUGGCUAGCUCGUUAGGCUAGCGUUGGUUUGUUAUGCUAGCGUUAAACACGACGCCGAGGAGUGUCCAAGUCAGCCCUAGUUAAUUAUUGUCACAAGUCAGCGCUAUCUACCCGCAUCGCCGCGCAUGUUACUUAAUUCCAACUUUGCUCCGUGCUUUCUAGCAAGCUGUCGGUGAUGGCACACCGCCGUAACGUUAAAGUGUUAAGUUUAGCUAACUUGGCCAACGGUAAUUUCCAUCACAUGCAGUAGGCUAACGUUAGCCGCCAAGGCCGUAAACUUAGGUUACCUCAACGCCACCGUUAUGUAAACGUUUGCACCGUUUUUUGUCGUUUAUUUUCUCAAUUUCCGAUUUAAUCUUUCUCAUGUUAGAUUACCGCAACUUUAAGUCACUUUAGCAGCGUUGUCAUGGCUCACCUCAAUUGUUAGGGAGUCUUAUCUGGGGUUGGUAACGUUAGUAUUCAGUCUGAACUAGUAUGGAUGUUGAUGACUGCAAUGGACGGUCUUACAUAUCAGCAGGUAGUGGAGACUCUUCAUUGGAAAGAGAGUUUUCUGGAGCUCUUGGAGGUCCAACAGUGAGCACCCCAAACAGCAAGGAAAACUCUCCCAGUCGCUCCCUCAGUGCCAACUCCAUUAAAGUGGAGUUGUAUAGUGAUGAAGACCCAGGUCGGAGUACUGAAGAUGAGCGAGGAGAGCGGGUAGAGGAAGGAGGUCCAGAGCAAGGUUCUGAGGCUGUCACAAGCUAUAGAGAGCUCACCAAUUCUGAAACUAUGCCAAGUGGAGCCACCAGACUGCCAAAUGGAAAGCUCAAGUGUGACAUCUGUGGAAUGAUCUGCAUUGGGCCUAAUGUGCUUAUGGUGCACAAACGCAGCCACACAGGUGAGCGACCAUUUCAGUGUAAUCAGUGUGGCGCGUCCUUCACUCAAAAGGGAAACCUACUCCGCCACAUCAAGCUGCACUCAGGGGAGAAGCCCUUUAAAUGUCCCUUCUGCAGCUAUGCCUGUCGAAGACGGGAUGCACUUACCGGCCAUCUUCGCACUCAUGCAGUGUCUUCUCCAACUGUUGGGAAGCCAUAUAAGUGCAGCUAUUGUGGCCGUAGUUACAAGCAGCAAAGCACUCUGGAGGAGCACCGUGAGCGCUGUCAUAGCUAUUUACAGAGUCUGGAUUCCCAGCAGCCAACCAGUGCACCAAAUUCAGGAGAGGAAAUGAGAGAGCUAGAGUUUAUACCAGAUCCUCUACUGCAGCCAUCCUCAGACAAGAUGGCAUUUAUCGAUCGGCUCGCCAACAGCAUCACCAAACGCAAGAGAUCCACGCCACAAAAAUUUGUAGGGCAGAAGCACAUACGCCUCAACCUUGCAGAUACACCUUAUGAGCUCACUGCUAGUUUGGAUAAAGAUGGAGACAUGCACCCAGUGGACCUUGAUGCCCCACACUUUACUGGUCUGGGAGGAGAAUAUGUAGGUGUUGCAGGUACUGGAAGAGGAGGGGUAUCAGACACACUCAGACCCUUGCACCUUCCCACCAGUCACUCUUCAAGUUUAUCGGAACUCAGGCCGAUUCACAGCUCCAGUCAUGCUCCUGUUCCCCUUGGGCCAAGGUUAGACUGCACAGGGGCAGGAGCUGGUCUGGGAGCUGUGGGUGUUGGGAGCAGGGAGGCAGCAGAAGGUCACGAAGACCUGCCUCCGGGUCGAAAUCACGCCCCUUCUCCUAGCAAUGGCUGCCAGGAUUCUACGGACACAGAAAGCAUGGCAGAUGAGCCUUACAACAGCUGUGCUCCGACUCCGACUUUGUACAGUAACAACGGCCAUCACCUCCUCCACUCUAACAACCAUAACCCAGCACCUCCACCCAUCGCACACCACAGGAGUCGGGGCAGACACAGCCCCAGUCAUGCCAAAGACCGGGAGGUGGAAAGAGAGGAUGGAGGCCAUUCUGCUCUCCCUCCUCCCACACAUGCUCCAACACCGAGCUCACCUACGGCACCCUCUUCUACCUCCAAGGAGACUUUUCGGGUUGUAGACGGGGAGGGGCGAGCUGUGCGUUCUUUCCGCUGCGAGCACUGCCGCGUGCUUUUCCUGGACCAUGUUAUGUUUACAAUCCACAUGGGUUGCCAUGGUUUUCGGCAGCCUUUUGAGUGCAACAUCUGUGGCCAUCGCAGCCAGGAUCGCUAUGAAUUUUCUUCGCACAUUGUCCGUGGAGAGCACAUCUUUGACUGAGAAUAAAAGGACAGCCUGCUGCCCUUAAUUUUUUUUUUUUUUUUACACUGAGAAUGGGAACUGGUUGAGUUUGGUCUGCACAAAAGUGAAAGGCAUCUGUGAUGGUGUGAAACUGAUGUUCCUAACGACACCGACACAGUUGGCAUUAGUGGAAAGCUCGUGUAUAUGUUUAACGAAUUAGAGUAGUAGUUGCUUUCUUUCCACUUUUAACAACAAAUCUAUAUUAAAUUAUUAAAGUAGAUGAAGAGCCAACACUUUUUCAUCCACAGAUGUGCCUUGCUCUAAAAUUCAGAAUUUUAGCUCUGCUGCACACAUUAUUGUAGACAAAUCUGACUUUUGUUGCUGAAAUCUUUCACCCCUUGCACACUUUAGCAGAGAUGAAAGAAAAUGCUAAAUAUAAAGUUUGUAGGCUUGCAAUCCCUACAGAAUUUUUUUGACACCUUCUAAAAGCACUUUUUCCAAUUAAAUGAUUCUCAAACAGACUUUAGGUUCGGCCAGGUUUUUUCCUAGCCCGGGGUUGAUUCUGUACAAGUUUUAUAAUGCAAAGUAAAGUGCAGACCAAACUUAAAAACCAAGUCCAAGUCCUGUAGACUUUAAUGUUUGAGGGGUUGUCAUUGGAAUAGAAAUGCACUUUGGUUUCAGUGGGAAUGGAGUGAACAGAGUGUGUGUGUGUGUCUGAGAGAAAGGAAAGCUGCAAGAUUGUGUGUGAUUGUUUUUGAAAGUAAAUUUAAAACGUAAAAUGGAAAAUGAAGGCCUUUAUUCCUGUGAGUGAAUGCUGUGUUGGAAGUGUAUGAAUUGUUUUCCUUUUCUAUGACUGCUUUUGUUGCACUGAUACCUGCCAGAAUACAAUGACUAUAUUAAACUAUUUUAUAGAAUACA